UCCAUAUAAAAGAGUGGUGGCCGCUGUGUGAGGCAGAGUACGUGCAAAAGUCGCCAAAGCAUCAUCAUGAAAGCUUUUAUUGUUCUCGUAGCAGUGGCCAUCAGUGUCCAGGCUCUCACCGACGAGCAAAAAGAAAAAAUCAAGACCUAUCACAAGGACUGCGCGGCGGCCUCCGGCGUGGACCAGGACCUCGUCGCCAGGGGCCGCAAGGGCGACUUCGUGGACGACCCCAAACUCAAGGAGCACCUCUUCUGCGUGUCGAAGAAAGCGGGCUUCCAGAACGACGCCGGUGACGUCCAGACCGAGGUCCUCAAGGCGAAGCUGAACGCCGAAUUGAAGGACCAGGAAGUGACCAACAAACUCGUCGAGAAAUGCGCCGUUAAGAAGGCCACACCGCAGGACACCGCGUUCGAGUCCUUCAAGUGUUACUACGAGAACACCCCACACCAUAUCUCUAUUGCUUAAUUUGCUGUGAAAAGUAGUUUUAACGGAAGAUUUUAAUAAAUAAGUAAUGAGAAA